GCGCGGCGGGCGGCGCGGCGGCGGUGGGGAUUACCACACCUUCACAGCGGGCCGCGGCUGCCAGCGGAGAGGAUUCAGAAGCAGUGCGUGAGCUGUCAGGGAAAGGCGGGACAGAGACGGGGAGAGAAAAGGAGAGCGAUUACGAGUGAUCCAUCUGCGGGCAGGAGAGACAAAAAAAAGGACUUAUUGAGAGCUGGUGAUCCUCCCCGCCGCUCCUCCUGCUCCGACGUCGCCGCGAUAGUUUCUUUUAUCUUCAAGAAUGUUGUUGCGAUAAAAGGUGAAAAGGGUGAAUUAGUUUCGUGGAUAGCGAAAAACCAAAACGUGCUCCUCGAGAGAGAUUGUGCCUCAAGAGGACGUCAUUUCUUCCUCAUGAUUCCCGGUGACGAUAAACAAAACCAGCCAUGGAUAAGUUUCAACAUAAACUGCUCAAAAACCCCCGGGUCGGGGCAAACAUCAUAUCACUUAGCAUAUUCGCGUGGGUGUGGCCCACCUUCUGGAAGGGCUCGCGCAAACAGCUCGACGUCGAGGACAUGUACGAGCCCCUGAGGGAGGACAAAUCGGAGAGGCUGGGAAAUAAAUUAGAGGAAGUAUGGCGGUCGACUUGCAGAAGCGCAAAGAAGAAAGGGGCGAGGGCGAGCCUCCUGAGAGCGCUGGUUUCCAUGUUUUGGAAGAAGUUUCUGGCCGUCGGCCUCAUCGACGCCGUCAACCAAAUCGGUCUGAGGUUGGUCCAGCCGCUCCUGCUGGGCCAGCUGCUGGCCUACUUCUCGCCCGGCUCCACCAUCCCGGUGGAGCACGCCUACUACUACGCGGGCGGCAUCGUGCUCUGCAUCCUGCUCAGCGUCAUCCUCGCCAACCAGUCGCUGUACUGGUGCGUGCACCUCGGCAUGCAGAUGCGCGUGGCCUGCUGCUCACUGGUCUUCAGGAAGGUGGGCGACGCGACGCAACAUAUAAUAUCUCCGGACACGGACAUCCCUUAACACGUUGAGGCCCAGGAGGGGUAUCAUUCAUGGCUUAUUGUGUCCUUACGUGUGGUCACGUGGGACUCAACGAGUUAAAAGAGGAGCUCUUUAUGCCAGUGUUCUUUAAAUGUACCAGAGAUGAGUUUGUUAAGUGUACUGCGCUUACAUUAAGAGCACUCCACUUCAAACAAGCGUAUAAUGCCCUCAAGAAAAUCGAGUACACAAAGAGAGUAAAAAUAUCAAGAAGAUAUUUUUUUGAGAGUGUACGAAUAAGCGUUGAGUAAAGCUAUUGAGCUCGUUCGUGCUCCACCACGUAUAGUUACUUUUAAACUAAGGUCACUCCUGAACAAUUUUCGCAACGUAUUUUUAAUAUUUUCUUAAACUGCGGAAGUUACAAAAUACAGUCAUAUCACACACAGGUGAAAUCAAGUGUGAGACUGGGGCAUUGUGAUGUGGGGUAUUAUACCUGCAUCACACAGCGGCCGACAAGAAGUUUGGUCACCAUAACAGUGUGCGACCCGAAUAGCCCAACAACAAAUAGCCGUGGACGAAUUUCUCCUUCACCGCGACGACUCCGUCCGCAGCACAAAUCACCCCCUCAGCGCAGCGCGCGCCAAUUUUCGUCGUCCUCCGAAUGCAGGGUAGCCCGGG